ACGCCCACAGACUCUAAAGACACCAAGAUCAAUUGACAUAAUUAUACAUGUUUUUACUUCUACAUCCAGAUACAACGAAUAGUUAAGGCGUUUUCUCCGUAGAGCUUCCAACUCCAACCCUUGCUGUGAUUGCCUAACGCGCGGCGACAGCCGCGCCUGUAACUGCCAAUAUGGCAGCCGCUAGAAGUGCCAGGCGCAACGGACCGCUGCUGGUGCUGCUAGUUGCAUGGCUAGCAUUAUGUUCCCAGGCGCUGGAGUUUGAGAUGCAGUCCCAACUGAAAUGUGUAUACGAAGAGAUCAACAACAACGUUAUAGUUGUGGGCGAGUAUAAGUCCUUGAACAGGGAGCCGAGUCAAGCUGGGUAUCCGGUGUCUGUAAAGGUUGAGGAUCCACGCGGGACCGUGCUCCAUGAGGCGACGGGCAAGACGGAGGGGCAGUUUGCGUUCACCAGCAAGAUAGCAGGAGAAUACAAGGCAUGCUUCUCGGUCCCUGACAUCCAAACCGCCUACCAGACGAAGCUCAAGGUGGACUGGCGCACGGGUGUGGCGGCCACCGACUGGAACGCCAUCGCCAAGAAGGAGCACCUGGAUGCGUUGACCGUUGAGCUGCGGAAGCUGGAGGAUAACAUUCGCGAGGUCUACAGCGAGAUGUUGCAGCUGCAGCAGCGGGAAACGGAGAUGCGCAACAUCAGCGAGGAGACCAACACCCGGGUGGCCUGGUUCAGCAUCGCGUCCCUGGCCGUCUGCGUUGCGUCCGCACUGGUGCAGCUCUGGUACCUGCGCCGCUUCUUCAAGCGGCGGAAGCUGCUGUAGAGGGGUGGCGGAAGCUGCUCUAGGGGGUUGACGGACUAGGGAAGAGAACCGUCGCCCUCGGUUCUAGAGCCUAGGAGGCAGAGUAGCAUACCGGUGGGAUAACUGUGAGCACGGAUAGAGCACAUGGUUGCUGCUGGAUUUGUAAAGCGCACACAUAUGGAGUGUAUACGGUGGCUUGUGUGUUGGGACGGAGGGGGACCUUCGGCGCAUGCUUGUAGCCGGCAAGGGGCUAGGGCAUGGGCAUGGAGCCUGCUUGCCUUUGGACACAACGUAUAAGAGUGUUUCUAGCGUCGGACUGCGGCUUGGGAAAGAGGACUGGCACAUGAUAUCAGUGUGGCUGGAAGCGCUAGUAUGGCACGGUUGGCCUGUGCUUCUUAAGACGGGUCCGACAGGCUGUUUGAAGGGUGACAUGGGCAGUUGAGGCACAUUGGUCACGAUGCGGGUGGGAAAGGCUGGAGGCAAGCCUGCCUGUGAGGAAAUCCUAGCGAUAUGCGGUGAUCAGGAUCCCUUAUCAGUAUUGGAGUACAUGAGUUCGCAAAGGGUGCAUGCAACGAGGUGCUGGGCACGACCGGGUACAACUUGGGGAAGUGGCGUCAGUUUGAACUCGCCGGCUUAAGACUUGGGUAACGCGCUGUUGUCUGCGAUUGUCUACA